UUUUACAAAAGAAAGAAAACGGAAAGAAACAGAAAUAAAAACGAUAUUUUCAACUCAACGCCUCCAAUAUUUGACUAUGUUCCAUCUCUCUCGGAUCCAAGGGAAACAAGUUACUUAUGUUUUAUUUUAUUUCAGUUCUUCGACCUAACCAAAAAUGAUGAGCUGGUUCAAGUUCUACUUAAAAAACGCCGAGUCACUGUCUUUGUCCCUUCGAACGAAGCCUUCUCACGAGCUCGACCAUUUGCUCCGGAAGAUGAGGAAAGACUAGCUUCAUACCACAUCGUGAGUAUGGUAGUGACAAGGGAUUUAUUUCCCGACACUGUCUACGCUGUUUCCCAAGAAAAUCCUCCGCUGUACUUCAACGUCAAAGAAAGAACUGGAAGCGGAGAAAAGGAGUACUUCGUCAACAACGCCAAGCUUCUGGAAGAUAGGGACUAUACUGUAGAUGACGGUAAACAGAAACUUUAUAUAAUCGACGAAGUUCUAGAACCUUACAGGUCAACUGAAAACCUUCCUCCUGAUGCGUGGGAGCUGCUCAACAAUCCUAGUCUAUAUAACAUCAGGGAAGAACUGAGCGCUAUGGCUUCACGUGUAGUAAAAGGAGAAGAGGUCGAUACCUUUACCAAAGUUGGAAACCACACUUAUUUUAUUCCAAUUGGCGAAGAAAAUGGUCCCACUGGAAGCAGGUUUAGAGGUGUUGACAGAGAUGUGAUCAAGGCUCACGUGAUUUCCCAGUACGUGCUCUUCACUAGAACAGCAGGGAACGAAGGUUACAUUUCCAACAACCCUCGGGUUGACAUCAAGUUUGUCAACCAGAGUAAUUCAUUUGACACUCAAACAAGUAUGUAUUCAUCUGGUGAUCACGUUUUAUCUCAUAUUUUGUGACGUCACUGUAUGAUA